AUGGAAAUCAAUGACAACAGUCCAAUUUUCAGCAAAUCCUUGUACAAAGUAAAAGUUGCAGAGAAUGUUAAAAUUGGAUAUAAAUUAAUACGUGUCGAAGCAACCGAUAUAGAUGAAGGUAUGAAUGGUGAAAUUGUUUACUCUUUCGUUGGCCAUGGUAAUGCUAAAGAAUAUAAUAUAUUUUUUAUUGAUCCUCAUUCAGGGGAAAUAUCAGUGAUAGGUGAUCUUGAUUAUGAGGCAAAUGUUGGCAUUGAGUUGCGCGUGCAGGCGGCUGAUCAAGGACAAUAUCCCAAAACUACCCAUUGCAAAGUUUUAGUAGAAGUUAUCGACAUGAAUGACAAUGCGCCACAGAUAUCCGUGACGUCACUUAUAAGCACAGUUAGAGAGAAUUCAGAGUCGGGUACUGCAGUUGCAUUGAUAAGACUUUCUGAUAAAGAUGGCGGUAAAAAUGGAGUUGUGAAUGUUGACGUCAGCGGAAAUGUGCCGUUUAAUCUGCAGUCGUCUUAUAAAAACCAGUAUUCUCUGGUAGUGGACGGACCUUUAGAUAGAGAGCGGCACCCCCAGUACAACAUCACCAUCACAGCCGUAGAUGAGGGAACCCCCCCUCUCUCUAGCACCAGUGUCGUUACUGUGCAAAUUUCUGAUGUGAACGACAACCCACCCCGCUUCCCAGAGCCCAUUGUCAACGUGUAUCUGAAAGAAAAUAGUCCAGUUGGAGACGUGGUAGUUAGCGUGCAUGCGCAUGAUACUGAUGAAAACAAUAACGCGCGUGUCUCAUAUUCUCUGAAAAGCACUUCAUCGCUUAUCAACAUUAAUGAUUUGACGGGUGAAAUAUCCACUCUGCAGUCGUUUAACUACGAAGAAACGAAACGAUUCCAGUUCCAAGUUCAGGCCACAGACGGCGGUGUUCCUCCUCUGAGCAGCAACGUGACUGUGAACGUUUUUAUCCUGGAUGAGAAUGACAACACUCCUGUUAUUCUCCCGCCCUAUUCUGACCAAGGCUCUGUCAACUCUGAGAACAUUCCCUACUCUGCUGAAGCGGGCUACUUUGUGGCCAAGAUCAGGGCUGUAGACGCAGACUCUGGUUACAAUGCGCUGCUCUCUUAUCACAUCUCUGAACCAAAGGGGCCGAAUCUGUUCAGAAUUGGAAGCAGCAAUGGAGAGAUCAGGACUAAGAGACGCAUGAGUGACAAUGACUUAAAAACUCACCCGCUGGUCAUAGUGGUGUCUGACAAUGGAGACCCUUCCCUGUCUGCCACCGUGUCUAUUGAUGUUGUGGUGGUUGAAAGUACAGGUGACAUGCAGACAACUUUCAGACAGCUACCAGUAAAGGAGGAGAGUUUCUCAGAUCUAAACCUGUAUCUGCUCAUCUCCAUAGCCUCAGUAUCAGUGAUAUUUCUACUGAGCCUCAUCGGUUUAAUAGCGGUUAAGUGCCACAAGACAGACGGCAGUUUCAGCAGGUACAGCGCCCCAAUGAUAACCACCCACCCAGACGGGAGCUGGUCUUACUCCAAAUCUACACAGCAGUAUGACGUGUGUUUUAGCUCAGACACAAUGAAGAGUGACGUGGUAGUUUUCCCCACGUCGUUUCCACCUGGUGACGGGGAGCUGAUCAGUAUCAAUGGAGGAGACACUUUCAGUAGGACUCAAACUCUGCCCACUUGUGAAAAGAUCUCCACAACUUCACGGAUAUUAAGUGAUCCUUGGAUAACGAUGGAUGUUUCCGUGAGGAUUCUGUUCCCUCUGCUUUGUUUAUGGGAGGUAUCAUCCGGGCAGAUUUCUUACUCCGUCUCAGAGGAGGUGAACAAGGGAACCGUAGUUGGAAAUAUCGCUAAAGAUCUCAAUCUUAACGUUCAGCAACUGGAGUCUCGUAUGUUUCAGGUUGUAUCUGAAUCGAGCAAGAAGUAUUUUGAUGUCAAUCUGAAGUCCGGUGUUUUGUUCGUGAAUGAGAGAAUUGACCGAGAAGAGAUUUGUGGGACCAGUGAGAAAUGCUCCCUGAGUGUACAGGCUGUGGCGCACAAUCCCAUGAAUAUCUUUCGUGUUGAAAUAACUGUAAUGGAUAUAAAUGACAAUGGUCCUGUUUUUACAGCUAAAUCCCUCACAUUAAAUGUUUAUGAAAACGCGGCCGUGGGAGAACGUUUUCUUCUGCCGGUGGCUAAGGACGCGGAUGUGGGCAGUAACUCAGUAAAAGCCUACAAGCUGAGUCCAAACGAACUGUUCUCUCUGGAUGUGCAGAGCGGAGGAGAGCAGAGUGAGUCCGCUGAGUUGGUGCUACAGAAACAUUUAGACCGAGAGAAACAGGCUGUGAUUCAGCUCGUACUGACUGCUGUAGAUGGAGGGAAACCUCCCAGAUCAGGGACGUUACAGAUAAUUAUACAAGUUAUGGAUAUUAAUGACAAUAACCCCGUUUUCAGCAAGCCUCUUUACAAAGUGAAAGUUGCGGAGAAUGUUAAGAUAGGUACCAAAAUAAUAUCUCUAACGGCAACAGAUAUAGAUGAAGGGGUGAACAGUAAAAUUCUGUACUCGUUUGUUGGACAUGAUCAUGCCAAAGAAUUAGAGCUCUUCUCUAUUGAUCCUGAAAUAGGUGAAAUAUCAAUCAUAAGUGACCUGGACUAUGAAGAAAAUGUCGGAGUUGAGUUGCGCGUGCAGGCAGCCGAUCAAGGCCAUCCUCCAAAAACCACACACUGCAAAGUUUUGGUAGAAAUAAUUGAUAUAAAUGAUAAUGCGCCACAAAUAUCAAUUAUGUCACUUAUGAGCACAGUUAGAGAAGAUUCUAAAUCAGGUGCUGCAGUUGCAUUGAUAACAUUUUCAGAUAAAGAUGGCGGUAAAAAUGGAGUUGUAAACGGUCACAUCAGCGGAACUGUCCCGUUUAAACUUCAGUCUUCUUAUAAAAACCAGUACUCUCUGGUAGUGGACGGACCUUUAGAUAGAGAGCGUCACCCCCAGUACAACAUCACCAUCACAGCCGUAGAUGAGGGAUCCCCCCCUCUCUCUAGCACCAGUGUUGUUACUGUGCAUAUUUCUGAUGUGAACGACAACCCACCUCGCUUCCCAGAGCCCAUUGUCAACGUGUAUUUAAAAGAAAACAGUCCAGUUGGAGACCUGGUAGUUAGCGUGCAUGCUCAAGAUACUGAUGAAAACGACAACGCGCGUGUCUCAUAUUCUCUGAAAAGCACUUCAUCGCUUAUCAACAUGAAUGAUUUGACGGGCGAAAUACACAGUCUACAGUCGUUUGACUACGAGGAAACUAAACGAUUCCAGUUCCAAGUUCAGGCCACAGACGUUGGUGUUCCUCCUCUGAGCAGCAACGUGACUGUGAACGUUUUUAUCCUGGAUGAGAAUGACAACACUCCUGUUAUUCUCCCGCCCUAUUCUGACCAAGGCUCUGUCAACUCUGAGAACAUUCCCUACUCUGCUGAAGCGGGCUACUUUGUGGCCAAGAUCAGGGCUGUAGACGCAGACUCUGGUUACAAUGCGCUGCUCUCUUAUCACAUCUCUGAACCAAAGGGGCCGAAUCUGUUCAGAAUUGGAAGCAGCAAUGGAGAGAUCAGGACUAAGAGACGCAUGAGUGACAAUGACUUAAAAACUCACCCGCUGGUCAUAGUGGUGUCUGACAAUGGAGACCCUUCCCUGUCUGCCACUGUGUCUAUUGAUGUUGUGGUGGUAGAAAGUACAGGUGACAUGCAGACAACUUUCAGACAGCUACCAGUAAAGGAGGAGAGUUUCUCAGAUCUAAACCUGUAUCUGCUCAUCUCCAUAGCCUCAGUAUCUGUGAUAUUUCUACUGAGCCUCAUCAGUUUAAUAGCGGUAAAGUGCCACAAGACAGACGGCAGUUUCAGUAGGUACAGCGCCCCAAUGAUAACCACCCACCCUGACGGGAGCUGGUCUUACUCCAAAUCUACUCAGCAGUAUGACGUGUGUUUUAGCUCAGACACAAUGAAGAGUGACGUGGUGGUUUUCCCCACGUCGUUUCCACCUGGUGACGGGGAGCUGAUCAGUAUCAAUGGAGGAGACACUUUCAGUAGGACUCAAACUCUGCCCACCUGCGAGAAGUUCGUGUUCAGCACCGCUGUGCUGGACAGCGACAUCACAGAGUUAGCGCAAGGGGUCCCAUUAUCGUCCACCUAG